UUUUUUACCAUUUCUCAUCAGAAUAACACUCGCUACAAUUUUCUUCCCCACACUAUGUAUUUCUCAAUUGUGAGAGGAUGAAGCAAUUUAUUAUUAUUUAAUGUUCCAUAUUUUCUUUUCUUGUACAAAUCAGAACCCCAUUACACCACUUUUGCACUCCUUUAAUUGGUAUUGUAUCAAUGGAUUGAUACAACAAAAGAUUUGUCAGAUUGCGGAAUCACUAUGUCAAUCAAGCUGAUAGACCCUUUGUUGAUUUCUAAUGAAGACUCCCGCAAACAGGCCAUACUGAAGAGGUUUCAUCCCCCAAGGCCAGAAUGGUACGAGAAAUUAUUAGCUCUGUUUUUGGCUAAAGGCAUGAAAGCUUAUGAGGCAGAGGUUGCAGGUUAUAAAGCAGAACUUUUUUCUAGGUUGAGAGGAAGGGUUAAUAAAGUGCUGGAGCUUGGUAUUGGGACUGGUCCCAAUCUCAAAUAUUAUGCUGGCGAUGGUGAUGUCCAUGUUUAUGGUGUAGAUCCAAACCAGAAGAUGGAAAAAUAUGCUCAAGAAGCAGCAGUAGCUGCAGGUCUACCACCAACAAAUUUUAAUUUUAUACAAAUGGUUGGUGAGGCAUUGCCAAUAAGUGAUGCAUCCAUGGAUGCAGUUGUUGGAACUCUUGUAUUAUGUUCUGUUCGAGAUGUUAAUUUGGCACUACAAGAGGUGAAGAGGGUGCUGAAACCAGGUGGUCUCUACAUUUUUAUGGAGCAUGUGGCUGCACAAGAUCGAACAGCUCUGAAAUUUCUCCAGAAUAUUUUGGAUCCUUUGCAGCAGAUAGUUUUUGAUGGGUGUCAUCUAACCAGGCAAACAAGAAAGCACAUUUCUGAAGCUGGGUUUUCAGAUGUUAACAUUAAAAUGGCCUCUGUGCCGACUUUCUUUCAUAUAAGGCCCCACAUAUAUGGGACAGCACGUAAAUAGAAGCCAAAGAGUGCUAUAAAUGUUCAUUUGUUACUAAGUUAUACACUAUACAGAACCUCAUUUGACAUGUGGAAGGGAACAAAAUUCUCUGGUC